GUUUGUGCCGGCUCAUUUGAAAUUUAACGACAAGUUUCUCCUGAGCCUGUUAAAGGCAACCCAUGAAGACGCAUUUCGCGAAACGCUGGUGUCGAAGAGCAGGUCGCCAGCCGGACGAGAUGUUGCCUCUGCUACUGCCGUUCCGUCUCCUACUGCCAAAGUACCAGAAGCAGAGCCGCACGGCAACCAGGAAGUAGAGCUAUUUUCUGAGAUCUCCUACUACAACUAUCGACAGGGUAUUCUGGCGGCCGUCGCAUCGAUUGCAGACCCGGAAAACCGACCGCAAACUCACGGAGUCGCAGAGAGUGAUGUACCGAUAGACGACGAGCUACGACCGGCCGGAGCGCUCAGCGGAGCGCCACAUGUUGUACAAACCAUCCAGAACAAUAUGACAGAAGAGGUUCUCGUCGUCCCUAGCGCGCAAGCACGGGAGCUACAGCUACAGGCACUGCAUCGUCUGUUGCCACCGGUAGAGUCUUUUCCGAACACGAAGAAACAGCUGACCGACAGUAAUGAAUGGACGACGGAUAACCAAUAUUUGCAGCAGAUUUUGACGCCGCGGGAACAACAAGGCGUGCGCAAAUCCAUGCUUCCCGUUUGGCUUUACCUUCUCGCCGUCCGUCUGGAGCUGGAUGUUGAAAAGUUUCGUCAUUCCGUAUCUUCCGGUUCUUCUCGAGGACGUGCUUGGGAGCGCGGUUGGGAGCGCGGUCGCGCAGCAGGAGCAGGACGACCGUUUCGUCCAUGUUGCGCAAUUGCAUCAUGGAC